AUGUCACAAAACUGGGAACCUACUAUGCGGAGAAACUUUGCCUGGGUUGGAGCAUCUUCGUCCGUCUUCACUCUGGUUUUUAUCGCCAUUGAGCGCUAUUAUGCAAUAAUAUAUCCAUAUGAUGGAAAGAAAAAGCUUACCAAUACCAAACUUAAGGUAAUUAUUCCUUUCUGUUGGAUUCUUGCAUUUUCCUUGAAUGUACCAAUUUUCUUGGUCAUGAACUUCAAGAACACCUUAGGUGACUGCGAGGAGGACUGGCCACAGGAGUGGAUGGGCAAAGCCAACAGCAUGAUGUGGUUGGUGACUAUGACCUUUCUUCCCAUGACACUGAUGACUGCGGCUUAUUCCAGAAUCGUGUGCACACUGUGGUUCACACAAAUUGAUGAUGAUCAACUUUCACAUCGACAGAAGGCUGUGAUCAAGUCGAGGAAGCGGGUCACCGCGAUGGUAAUAACUGUCAGCAUCAUAUUUGGAAUCUGUUGGUUUACGGACUCGACCUUUUAUUUCUUGCAUUUUAUCAACUCUCCUUACAGUGAUGUCGUUUUUGCUAUAACUACCAUACUGAUCCUAUUCAAUUCCUCUGUCAACCCGUUUGUGUACGCCCUGGUUAACCAAAGAUUCCGCCAAAAGAUC